CAUGCACCCCGGCUUUUGUUCCCGAACCGGGCAACUCCAACCACUUGCACGCGGGGAAGUCGCAGCACAAUGAACAACGCACCAUGGGAACCGAGGCACCCAGGAAUGGAUGGGUACGGCUUGGCUCCUCGCUGCUGCCGUGGUCGGUCAUCUCACCACCGUCAGCCGCCGUGACAACGAUGAUGACAGAGAGCAGCAAUCCUUCCAUCCGUCAUCCACCACGGUCGCUCUAAUCGCUGCCCUACCUCUCUUCCGCUCGAACAUCGAAUUGAACCAAGAUGACGUCCGACACCGAAAAGAAACCCGUCAUUAUCGUCGGCGCAGGUCUCGCGGGUCUCGUCGCCGCCUUCGAGCUCUCCCAACAAAACGUCCCGACGAUCGUCCUUGACCAGGAAAAUGCAGCAAACCUGGGCGGCCAGGCCUUCUGGUCGCUAGGCGGGAUUUUCUGCGUAAACUCAGCCGAGCAGCGCCGCAUGGGCAUCAAGGACACGCGCGAGCUGGCCAUGCGCGACUGGUUCGGCUCGGCCCGCUUCGACCGCGAGAAGGAGGACUAUUGGCCGCGCAAGUGGGCCAAGGCCUUUGUCGACUUUGCCGCCGACGAGAUGGAGAACUACGUCAAGGCCCGCGGGAUAGGGUUCCUAAUGAACGUCGGCUGGGCCGAGCGCGGGGAUGGGAGGGCGGAUGGGCACGGCAACUCGGUACCGCGCUUCCACACGACGUGGGGGACGGGACCGGAGGUUGUGCGUGUAUUUGCCGAGCCCGUGAAGGAGGCUGAGAAAAAGGGGAUCGUCGAGUUCAAGCACCGCCAUAUGGUUGAUGAGGUGGUCAUCGACGAGAAGACGGGGCGCGCAGUCGGCGUCAAGGGACGGGUGUUGGAGGCGGAUGAAUCCGCGCGAGGGGUCAAGUCGUCCAGGACCGUGGUCGGAGAGUUCGAGAUCCGUGGUGCUGCCGUGCUGGUUUCCUCCGGUGGCAUCGGCGGCGAUGUCGAAAAGGUCAAGGCCUGCUGGCCUGUCGACCGCCUGGGACCAAAAAUCCCGAACACCUUUGUCGUCGGCGUGCCCGCGCAUGUUGACGGUCGCAUGAUCGACAUCACCGAGACCGCUGGGGCCAAUAUCAUCAACCGCGACAGGAUGUGGCACUACACUGAGGGACUCGCCAACUGGGAUCCCAUCUGGCCCGGGCACGGCAUUCGCGUGCUCCCCGCUCCCUCGUCUCUUUGGCUCGACGCUACUGGCAAGCGCCUGCCUCCCUUCCUCUUCCCUGGCUGCGACACGCUGGCAACCCUUAAGCAUAUUUGCAGCACCGGCUACGACUACACAUGGUUUAUUGCCGACCAGUCGAUCGUGGCGCGCGAGUUCGCCCUGUCUGGGUCCGAGCAGAAUCCCGACGUGACCGGGAAAUCGAUCUGGCAGCUCCUGACCCAGCGCAUCUUCAGCUCCAAGGGGACUAUCCCCGUUCAGAACUUUGUUAAGCACGGCGCGGACUUUGUUGUCCGUGACAAUCUUGAAGACCUGGUCAAGGGGAUGAACGAACUGAUUGCCGCUGUCCCCGGAGCCCCGAAGCUCGACUACGCCGAGGUGCUAGAGGUGGUCGAAAGCCGCGACGGCCAGUUCGACAACACGUACUCCAAGGACGCCCAGGCGAUGCUGAUCCACAGCGCCCGCACAUACUGGCCCGAUAGGAGGAGCCGCAUUGCCGCGCCGCACCGCCUGUUGGACGUCCAGAACCACGGCCCGCUGAUUGCGGUGAGGAUGAACCUGCUAACGAGGAAGAGCCUGGGUGGAAUCGAGACGAACCUGGACAGCAACGCCAUGCGGGCAGAUGGGACACCGUUUCCGGGUUUGUACGCGGCGGGCGAAGCCGCUGGGUUCGGCGGUGGCGGUGUGCAUGGGUAUAGCUCGCUGGAGGGGACGUUCUUGGGUGGUUGCAUCUUCUCGGGGAGGGCGGCGGGCCGGGCGAUGGCGAAGGAGGUAUUGGGGGAUGGGGCAAGCGCGGAGUGAAGUGCCCCCGGCCUGGGUUUCGGCCCUGGUUACCCAACUGGCUCCCGAUUUGGGGCUUAAGUCGAGGUUCCCUCUUUGGACAACAGCAUUUCACGGUGUAUCGAUACCUAAUACGACUUCUUUCAUCGUUCUACACCGUAGUGCUCCCCAUCGCCCUGUGGUGUUGCAUUAGCCCCCUGAACGUCCCACACGAGAAACCGUGGUAUGAUGUCUAGCCAAAGGGCACACCCGAAG